GAGAACAUGUGCAUUGGAUUUAUUCAAUUACAGGUUAAUUAGUUGUUAUUUUACAUUAAAAUGGCUACAAAUUUGAUCCGCAUAUUGUUAUAAUUAUGGUAAGUUUCGUUUUUAGGAAUUUGAUAACCAGCUAGCAAUUAUAUAAACUCAGUGGCAAGGACACUUGAAACUAUUCGGGGGCUUUGUGUGCAAUUGCGACAGUGGUGGGAUCGUUUAUGGCAAAUGUAUGUUAGAAAAAACGUCUGGUUGCUAGGUAGACAGAAAAUGCAAAACAAGUCUUCGGAGGGAUAUGAGAAGAAAGGAAGUCAGCUAGCUAGCUAGCACGCCCGCCAGUCAGGUAAGAAAUAACCAGUUAUCUAAAUAAAUACCCCAUUCAAAUGUAUGCACAUAGCACGUUAACUGUUAGCUGACAUAGCAUGAUGUUAGCACUUGUAUUUGCUACUAAGCAGUACGUAGCAUGUGCUAUCUCUCAACAAACGAUCGGCAGGUAGCAUUAGCUGGCUAGCUAACCAAGCUAGGCUAGCUAACCACUCUUCUUGGAGAGAAUGCCUGUCAUUUGUCAACGUAAUGAUAUGAGGAAUUGCCACAAUGGGUUUAGAGAAGAAGCUCUGUCAUUUGUGUUAGGCCGCAAAAUGGUUUCGUUUUUGUAAGGUUAGCUACUUUCAAGCGAAACCAUGAUGUAGCUAACUAACUCUGGUUAGCUGCUAACCAAUUACAGAUUGGCUUACGCAAACAGUCAUGUUAGCUUAGCUAGGUACUGUCCUCGUUUCUCAGUUUCACCACUAAAAUGAACCAGUGUAUUACAAGAGGGCAGUUGGUCAUGGACAUAGCAAACAGGAACACGCAUUUAGUUUUUAAUUACUUGUUUAUAACUAAACAAUAAAGCCAGACUAGUAUGUCACAACUCUGCAUAGCCAACUCAAAUCCACGAUUUAAAUCGUGGAGUUGAGUUUAAUUGGCUAAACUCUGCAGUUCACAAUUUGCAUGGUGCAAGGGCUCUGCGUUGACAUUUUCUACACGUGCUCCUAAAGCACACUCAGAAACAUAUUUGAGGUAUUAAAGCGGCAAUCCGCAGUUGAAACGAUAACACAUUCCUGCCACUGUUUCGGUAAAAGGUUGAGCGAUUGGUCUGUGGGAAAUGUAACCACACUCAAAUUCAUAGACAGAGGUAUGGAUGCAAGGACAGACCAUCAUGAUAUAAAAUUACAGUUUUAACCAUGGUUGAGGCUAUACAGUGUUUGUUUACAUUUACUUUGUUUAAAAACAUUGGAUAAACAAGGUUAUAUUUUGGCAUCUGAUGGGGUAUGACAGUUGAGCUGAGCUCAUGGGGCAUUUAAGUUAUACUCUUCAGGAAUCAAUGGGUUUAUAAUUUAUAGAUAUAUAUGUCCAAAAAUGGUUGUAGUAGCUGCAGAUUGCCCCUUUUAAUGAUAAGAAUUGCCAGCAAAAAUACAGAGUUUAUUGUAAUUGAAUAAAUCAAGAUGAGUUUUGAGACUUAGACAACAGCCUUCAGUGGGCUUAUAUAAAGGUGGCAGGUAGCCUAGUGGUUAAGUGUUGGGACAGUAACCGAAAGGUCGCUGGUUCGAAUCCCCGAGCCGACUAGGUGAAAAAUCUGUCGAUGUGCCCUUGAGCACUUAAUGCUAAUUUCUCCUAUAAACCGCUCUGGAUAAGAGUGUGUGCUAAAUGACAAAAAUGUAAAUAUAUGAAUCUUAGCUACUUUUGAAGCUCAUCUCCUGAAGAAGCUACCUUUUCCUUUCUGUCUGUGCCACAACAUUUGCAUACUACUGCAGCUGUGGGACAGCGAAGAAAUCAUUACAACAAUUAUUACCUGGAUUCUUCUCUUUUUUUUAGGGGCACUGUGCUCCCAAAUUAUAGUUCCAGGCAGCACAGCUAAAUAUUUAGGAGCAUAUGCCCCCAAAAUGGUAGCUCUGUAGAGCCCUGUGGGGGUAGGUUUAAAAUUCUGUGGCGGUAGCUAGCUAGGUAACGUUAGCUACCCUAUUGCAGCCAGUGGAAACUUAUGAAGACCAACUUGGAAACAUUUCAAGCAAAGGGCUUCCUCUUUUCUCUAUCUUAGGGAAGCAUGAGAAAGAAGAGAUAUGAUGAAAGAAUGGUGAAAGGCUUUGCUAGGUUGUACGAUGGAAGGACUGGGAAAGGAGAGAUCCAUAUGCAGUUCUAGGCCCUUCCCAUGGCUCAGUCAUCCCGAGAAAGAGGCCUCGUCCCGGCUCUGGAAACUCACAGACUGCUUCUCCACCUACGGGCAGAAAAACACCCCAAGUUACAACACGGACAAACAAGUAUGUAACAUCUCAGACCAAGAGACCAUUACAUUCUGCUUCAGUUAAGUAUUGACAUAAUUGUAGCCAGAGACCAACGAUAGUUUACGUUCUGUGAUAGGUAUGAAAUACAAAACCCCCAUCAGUCGAUAAAUUGACUGAAUUGUCACUAUAACGAUACAUUUAUAAAAUGUAUGCGCACCAUUUUCUAAAUUAGCCUUAACUACUACUACUUUAAAUGUUGUAGCUAUCAAUUGUCCCAUUAACAAUACCCCACAUAAGCAAACUUAUUUCAUUUCAAAUUUCUCUAGUAGGUCCCUAUGGGGUAAUGAACGAUAUCAGCAAAAUGUCCACAAUAAGUGGUCGGGUUCAAUUUUGGGUUUCCAGCUCUAAUCGAUCGUAUUAUUAGGGGUAGACAUAUUGAAGAUACUGAUUUCAACAUGGAGAGAGCAAUUCAUGUGAAGCUUUGAUGGGAAGGAGUGUGUGAAUUGUGGAGAGUGAAGUCGUAAAAAAAAAAGACGAUUUGGGUAACUAGCAUAUAAUAGUGAAAUGUAGCAUUUUUGUCAUAACUAUGUACAGUGGGGAGAACAAGUAUUUGAUACACUGCCGAUUUUGCAGGUUUUCCUACUUACAAAGCAUGUAGAGGUCUGUAAUUUUUAUCAUAGGUACACUUCCACUGUGAAAGACCGAAUCUAAAACAAAAAUCCAGAAAAUCACAUUGUAUGAUUUUUAAGUAAUUAAUUUGCAUUUUAUUGCAUGACAUAAGUAUUUGAUACAUCAGAAAAGCAGAACUUAAUAUUUGGUACAGAAACCUUUGUUUGCAAUUACAGAGAUCAUACGUUUCCUGUAGGUCUUGACCAGGUUUGCACACACUGCAGCAGGGAUUUUGGCCCACUCCUCCAUACAGACCUUCUCCAGAUCCUUCAGGUUUCGGGGCUGUCGCUGGGCAAUACGGACUUUCAGCUCCCUCCAAAGAUUUUCUAUUGGGUUCAGGUCUGGAGACUGGCUAGGCCACUCCAGGACCUUGAGAUGCUUCUUACGGAGCCACUCCUUAGUUGCCCUGGCUGUGUGUUUCGGGUCGUUGUCAUGCUGGAAGACCCAUCUUCAAUGCUCUUACUGAGGGAAGGAGGUUGUUGGCCAAGAUCUCGCGAUACAUGGCCCCAUCCAUCCUCCCCUCAAUACGGUGCAGUCGUCCUGUCCCCUUUGCAGAAAAGCAUCCCUAAAGAAUAAUGUUUCCACCUCCAUGCUUCACGGUUGGGAUGGUGUUCUUGGGGUUGUACUCAUCCUUCUUCUUCCUCCAAACACGGCGAGUGGAGUUUAGACCAAAAAGCUCUAUUUUUGUCUCAUCAGACCACAUGACCUUCUCCCAUUCCUCCUCUGGAUCAUCCAGAUGGUCAUUGGCAAACUUCAGACGGGCCUGGACAUGCGCUGGCUUGAGCAGGGGGACCUUGCGUGCGCUGCAGGAUUUUAAUCCAUGACGGCGUAGUGUGUUACUAAUGGUUUUCUUUGAGACUGUGGUUCCAGCUCUCUUCAGGUCAUUGACCAGGUCCUGCCGUGUAGUUCUGGGCUGAUCCCUCACCUUCCUCAUGAUCAUUGAUGCCCCACGAGGUGAGAUCUUGCAUGGAGCCCCAGACUGAGGGUGAUUGACCAUCAUCUUGAACUUCUUCCAUUUUCUAAUAAUUGCGCCAACAGUUGUUGCCUUCUCACCAAGCUGCUUGCCUAUUGUCCUGUAGCCCAUCCCAGCCUUGUGCAGGUCUACAAUUUUUUCCCUGAUGUCCUUACACAGCUCUCUGGUCUUGGCCAUUGUGGAGAGGUUGGAGUCUGUUUGAUUGAGUGUGUGGACAGGUGUCUUUUAUACAGGUAACGAGUUCAAACAGGUGCAGUCAAUACAGGUAAUGAGUGGAGAACAGGAGGGCUUCUUAAAGAAAAACUAACAGGUCUGUGAGAGCCGGAAUUCUUACUGGUUGGUAGGUGAUCAAAUACUUAUGUCAUGCAAUAAAAUGCAAAUAAAUUACUUAAAAAUCAUACAAUGUGAUUUUCUGGAUUUUUGUUUUAGAUUCCGUCUCUCACAGUUGAAGUGUACCUAUGAUAAAAAUUACAGACCUCUACAUGCUUUGUAAGUAGGAAAACCUGCAAAAUCGACAGUGUAUCAAAUACUUGUUCUCCCCACUGUACAUUGUCUAUCUAAAAUUACCUAGUGUGUGGUAACUGGAGGCAGCAGACACGCUAGCUCACAAUGUAAACAAAUUGCAACUUGUGUAAUUAGAGGAUCAUUUAAUACAACCACUAGCAACAGUUUAAUGAGUACCUGCGAAGAACUGGACCAAAGCUAUUGUACUUGCGCAUAAUCUGUGAAUAUGGUACAGUAGGGGAAAAUAAAAUAGAUACUCCUCUCCGCUCUCAAAACAACGCGCUCUGUGUAUCAGGUAGAAUGUCACUUUGACACGGCGCUGAAGGCAAAGCAACACUACGUGUGUAGUAGAGCUAAGGUGUAAGUUGUACAAAGAUGGGUCAGUUUAUUGGUCACGUGCGCACUGUUCAGUGACAUGCUUACUAACUCUCCUCAACAAUGCAGUACAAUAUCAAUCAGGAAUCAAAUGCCAAAAAAAAGUAGUAAACAUAAAAUGAUAAUGCUGAGAAAUAACGUUUUUCUUUAGUUUAGAAAUAACCUUUUUGUUUGUGUUAACUUAUUUUCCCAGAACGAUUACAUGGACAACAGAAAGCCAGUAUUGGAGCUGAAAGAUCUUCCUCCUCCUCCGCAUCAUACCGCUGCCUCCCAGCCCUUCCCUCUCGCCCCCCUCCCUCUGCCCCCUCCUUGUCUGCCUCCUCUUCCACAAGACUCCCUCCAACAACUACCACAACAGGGGGGUAGUCACAAAGUAAGCGUGUGCACUCACUGUGAGCACUGCAGCGUAGACCCAUCAGGUCGGGGUGGUUAUGGAGUUGUUAGUGGUGGAGGUAGCACUAGUGUUAGUUGUGGUGUCGGUGUCAGCAGCGGCGUCCCCCUCUACCUCCCUCCAAGUUCUCAGGAAGCCUCUAUCAGCAGGCUAGGAGCCAGUCAAAUAACGCCAACCACCCUCAACUCACACCCGCACUUCCCCAGCCUUGGUGGUGGUGGUGGAGGGGAUGCUAGAGCCACGCUACUCCCCUCCUCUGUAGCCACCACCUCCCAGCCCCUACCCUCUCAGCCUCACUCCCACCUCCCAUGCUCAUGUUGUACAGGAGGCCUACUCAGACCUCUCCACUCUUACCCCUCAAUCCCUUUACCCUACAUUGAGUCUAAAUUCAUUACCCCCUCCGCCCCCCUCUCUACCCCCCAUGGGACUUGUAGCCUGGGUACUCCCGCUGGGUAUUACCCCUGUGGUGAUUACAACUCUGCCACUGUGGGGGUCCAGAGAUCAUCGGCAGCACACAGUGACCCCCACAUCCCCACCUCGGGACAUAUCUGUUCUUCUAAUGCUAUGCACUUCAAUCUUGAACGCACGGUUUGUCGCACGGGGGCGCACUACUGCCGGGAUUGUUUGACGAAGGUUGGUGGAAUUCUCUUUGUUCACUGUGGUGGCACUGUCUUCUAUUGGGUGUAACUUGUAUACAGGAAUGGGCAGUACUUAGUUACAAUACGACGAUGUUACAAUUUGUGUAAUUUGCCCAUCAUUUAGAAAUUACUUUGCCCAUCCCUGACUGUAUAAUAUUACAGCAUUUGAAGACAUGAGUUGUUUUGUCUGACUACAGAAUGAUAACUUGUUAUUUCCACGUGUUCAGCCUGCAGACAAGUUGUGGCCUAACAUUCCUCUGCCCCCGGCCCAGUCGGCCCCAGUACCCAUCCCCAUGUGUAACGGCUGUGGGACCUCCUCCGACGGCCUGCUACUGCUGGGUUCCAGCCUGGGCAAAUCUGCAACGAAGUAUGGUAAGUAUCACUGUAAUGAUGCGAGUCGUGUUCAGAAGGGCACACCGUACCAACAAUCUCCUCAAAAAGAGACGUACAGGACAGUAGUACCUCCCUGUUUCACUCAAUUUCUGAACACGUUUGGUGUUUUUGUUCCCCGCAGGUUCUCCAGAAGGUCCUGAGAACAUCCCUCCGGUGGGUGUUUUCUGGGACAUAGAGAACUGCUGCGUUCCCAGUGGUCGCUCUGCUGCGGCCGUGGUCCAGCGCCUCCGCAGCCACUUCUUCCAGGGCCACAGAGAGGCGGAGUUCAUCUGCGUCUGUGACAUCAGCAAGGAGAACAAGGCCGUCAUCCAGGAGCUCAACAACUGCCAGGUAACCUGUGUGUGAUCUGAUUCCCUGAGCUGGUAAAGUGUUCCUCUGUAUUCUUCAGUCUCUGAUUCUACCUAUAUGAGCAAUGUCUGAUAGUCUUCUGGUCCCAUUUUUUCCAGGUAACGGUAGCGCACAUUAACGCUACCGCCAAGAACGCUGCGGACGACAAGCUUCGUCAGAGCCUGCGGCGCUUUGCAGAAACACACACUGCCCCUGCUACUGUGGUGCUAGUCUCCUGUGCGUAUGCUCAUUUAACAUUUAUAGAUUUAAAAAAUGUUUUUUCUUUAAUUUCGUUGGUUCGUCCACUCCAUACCUGUGUAGUUAACCCCGAAUCCGUUUCGCAGCCGACGUGAACUUUGCCAGCGAGCUGAGCGACCUCCGGCAUCGCCAUGGUUUCCAGGUGAUCCUGGUCCAUAAGAGCGGUCAGACGUCGGAUGCCCUGCUACAGCACGCCAACCGCCAGGUGGCCUUUGAAGAGAUGGUAGCCGACCUGCCGCCCAGACAGGCUGACAAAUCACAGGUAGGCUUCAGAGAUGCUUGAUUGAUAUAUGUAAUCCAUAUUGCGAAAUGGCAGAAGUUAACUUUCAAUAAAUGUACGAUACUCUGACUGGUUGCUCAGAGAAUUACUUCUGAGUGAUCAGAAAUCUUCCCUUUACUCUUCCAAUGGUUCUAGACCUCUUUGGUACCUGUAUCUUCCCUCAUUCUACAGUGUGAUCUUUAGUAGUGUUAUGCUAUGAAACACAAUCACAAGACCCUGACCCUGCAAACCUCUUGUCGUUUCAAAACACAUUUCCAAAUAAUAUUCAAAAACACAAACCCAGAGUGGUCCCCUCUUCUCUCUUUCCCUCCUCUCCUCCCCCCACCAGUUUGGUUUCAACCUGCUCUAUGUGUACAACCUGCCGCCGGGCUGCGACGGCAAGAGCGUGGGCAACCGCCUGCGCCGCCUCUCGGACAACUGCGGCGGCAAGGUGCUGGGCGUCUCCAUGGCCACCGGCACCGCCGUCCUCCGCUUCGGCUCGCAGGAAGCGGCGGAGCGCGCCCGCAAGCGCAUGGAGAACGAGGACGUGUUCGGCCGGCGCAUCACCCUCUCCUUCACCGCCCCGUCCGCUGAGGAGGGGAACGACCCCACCCCACCACCCCCCUCAUCUGAAACUCCUCCACCUCCGCUUCCAGUUCAACCUCUUCCCUCCUCCUCUUUUUCCUUCCUGCCCCUGGAGAAGCUGCACUCCCCUAGGAGGAACAGGCGUGCGAGGCGUGAGUGUCAGAGAGAGGCCUCACUCCCCGUUCCGGUGCCUGAGAGGCCCUACAGCCCCAGGAGGGGGAGCGGGGGGACACCUUACCCCGGUUCCCCCCAAGCCAGAACCCUUCCUCAGGUCAGCAGCCUCCUGCCACCCCCCCCUGAGUGCCGCCUGCCCCAGUCUUCCCCUAACCCUGUCCAUGUCCUCCACUCUGCCUGCGCUAACCUGUGGGCUUUUAGACUGUAGUCAUGCUUCAUCCCAUGCUUCAUGUAGCUUAAUGCCUGGUCUGUUUCUGUGCUUCGUUCAAUGUUUCAUGUAAUGUUUUAAGCAAUGUGUGGCAUCUAACACUUUGUCCCAUGCUUCAUGUAAUGUCUGGCUGAUCCUUUUCUUUCAAUGCGUCAACUAAUGCCUCGAUCAAUGUUUCAUCUAAUGAUAGCAUAUCUCUCCCUCUCAUAUCUUUACUCUAUCCCAUGCCUCGUCUCCUGCUUCUGUUUGUAAUCCCUGCCUGUCCUGCCGGCCGUAACUGAGUCUGUAACUAUGGUCUUUCUCUUCUAUGCUUUUGAUCUGUUACUUUGAUCUCUGCUCUUUUAUUCUGCUGGACGGUGCUUUUUCUCCACCCGACAAUAGAGCUGAGGAAGACUGGAGAAUGGUGAUAGUAAUGUCAGAGUUAUGACGAUACAAGAGGUUGAAUAAUACUAACAGUGGGGGUGGGUGGGUGGGGGGGGGGACGUAUAGCUCUAAUUAAUAAAUAGCUUUAACAAUCACCACCAUUCUCAAGGACCACUUCCUCUCAGCUCUAUCAUUUCCAAUUUCCUUUUAGCCUCUUCCACUACACAUCCAUUCUGCCAAGCUGAUGGCCAUUCUAAUACAGUCACCACUACAUAUCCAGUAACACUUUGGUUGUCCCCCUGGUGCAGGAGCUAGGUGGACUGGAGACCAAGCCCAAGAUUGGGGGCUUCCCCCUGGAGAAAGGCCGGGGCUUCCCCCUGGAGAAAGGCCAGCGCAACUCCUCCUCCCCCCACAGUAACGGAGAGGGGCCGUCCCAGCAGCACCCCAUCAAGGCCGGCCUCAUAGGAGAGUCCAUGUUCCGCGGCAGGAGGUACGCUAUGGACGCCAGGGCCCCUUUCAGACUAAAUGAAUAAAGAACAAAUGUACUAAUUGUGUGAUGGUUCCAUCACAGUUGGUUCCUGCAGACUUGUAUGUGUUUUACCUUCAAUAUUGUAAAAUGGCCUGCAAAAAGUAUGCCUGUCGUAGAGGGGUCAUCGUAGACGGAUGUAGGAAUUAAUUAGCAGCUGUUGUUUCUAAAUGAGGUGGUUUGUGCUCAAACUACUGGAGCUGAGGCCAUGUAUAAAACUUGCAUGCAGUUGUUGUUUUCAGAGAGCUGAGUAUGCCAUAAUCUUUCAACUUGAAUAGUUAACGUCCUCUCCCCCAUCAGGAGGGACCUCUCCAGCCCCCGCAGUGCAUCUGACUCUGAGCGUCAUGGAGAGUUCCAGGUCAGCACCCCCUCUGCCUUCAGCAAGCUGACCCUGCACAAGACCUUCAGCCCCCUGGUGCUCUCCGAGCCACAGGGCCUCUCCCAAGGCUCCUGGUCCUCACGGUGAGACCAUCACACUACAAAAUGUCCUGUUUGUUUCCUUACCCUGUAAGCAGUCUUUAGACGAGCCGACACUGCAAUCCAUGCCUUGGUUUUAACUUGAGCCUUUUUGUCCAAAAAAACAAUGCAAGUGAAUAUCCCCCAAAUUAGUUUUACAUUUCCUGCAUGUAACCUCAUUGAGCUACACAAAUAUCUGACAUUUUGUGAUGAUUUGGGCAUGACAUUUCAAUCUAUACCUGCCUAUGGUGCUGCCAACCCAUUCAACUCCUCUCUCUCUGCUCCAGGAGUGGGUCCCCCUGCAUGUCGAGCCGCUCGUCCCCCCUGAUGGGCCCUCCUCCCCGGGGCAGCAGCAGCCCCUGUCUGCCUGAGGGCCCCCAGGCCUCGGAGCCCUUCUCGGACGGGGCAGACUUACAGGUGGCCAACUUGGACUACAGGAUGUCCCGUAAGGAGCUGCAGCAGAGCCUGCACGACGCCUUCUCCAGACACGGACGGGUGAGUCCUAUACACACAAUACCCCAUAAUGACAAACCAAAUGCAGGUUUUUAUAAAUCUUUGCUAAUUUAUAGUUUUUUUUAUAUAUAUAUAUAUAUAUAUAUAUAUAUAUAUUUUUUUUUUUUUUCAGACCCUUUACUCAGUACUUUGUUGAAGCACCUUUGGCAGCGAUUACAGCCUUGAGUCUUCUUUGGUAUGAUGCUACAGUCUUGGCACACCUGUAUUUGGGGAGUUUCUCAUUCUUAUCUGCAGAUGCUCAAGCUCUGUCAGGUUGGAUGCGGAAUGUCGCUGCACAGCUAUUUUCAGGUCUCUCCAGAGAUGUUCGAUCGGGUUCAAGUCCGUGCUUUGGCUGGGCCACUCAAGGACAUUCAGAGACUUGUCCCGAAGCCACUCCUGCGUUGUCUUUGCUGUAUGCUUAGGGUCGUUGUCCUGUUGGAAGGUGAACCGUCGCCCCAGUCUGAGGUCCUGAGCAGGUUUUCAUCAAGAAUCUCUCUGUGCUUUGCUCCGUUCAUCUUUCCCUCGAUCCUAACUAGUCUCACAGUCCCUGCCGCUGAAAAACAUCCCCACAGCAUGACGCUGCCGCCACCAUGCUUCACCAUAGGGGUGGUGCCACGUUUCCUCCAGACGUGACGCUCGGCAUUCAGGCCAAAUAGUUGAUUUCAUCAGACCAGAGAAUCUUGUUUCUCAUGGUCUGAGUCCUUUUGGCAAACUCCAAGCGGGCUGUCAUGUGCCUUUUUACAGAGGAGUGGCUUCCGUCUGGCCACUACCAUAAAGGCCUGAUUGAUUGUGCUGCGGAGAUGGUUGUCCUUCUGGAAGGUUCUCCCAUCUCCAUAGAGGAAGUCUGGAGCUCUGUCAGAGUGACCAUUGGGUUCUUGGUCACCUCCCUGACUAAUGCCCUUCUCCCCCAAUUGCUAAGUUUGGCCGGGCGGCCAGCUCUAGGAAGAGUCUUGGUGGCUCCAAACUUCUUCCAUUUAAGAAUGAUGGAGGCCACUGUGUUCUUGGGGACCUUCAAUGCUGCAGAAAUGUUCCCCAGAUCUGUGCCUCGACACAAUCCUGUCUCGGUGCUCUACAGACAAUUCCUUCGACCUCAUGGCUUGGUUUUUGCUCUGACAUGCACUGUCAACUGUGGGACCUCAUAUCGACAGGUGUGUGCCUUUCCAAAUCCGGUCCAAUCAAUUGAAUUUACCACAGGUGGACUCCAAUCAAGUUGUAGAAACAUCUCAAGGAGGAUCAAUGGAAACAGGAUGCAUCUGAGCUCAAUUUUGAGUCUCAUAGCAAAGGGUCUGAAUACUACUUAUGUAAAUAAGGUAUUUCAGUUUUUAAUUUUUAAUACAUUUGCAAACAAUUCUAAACCAGUUUUUAUGGGGUAGAUCGAUGAGGAAAUUUUUUAAAUUUAAUCCAUUUUAGAAUAAGGCUGUAACGUAACAAAAUGUGGAAAAAGUCAAGGGGUCUGAAUAAUUUCCGAAUGCCCUGUAGAUGUAUAGAGCUUUAAUCUGUCUCCCAUUUGAUGGUAAAUUGCAAGAUGGUGAGGUCAGGAAUGUGUUUUAGUGUCAUUUUAUUUGACUUUCUUGGUUUAUUGUGAUUGUAUUGAUUCAACCUAUUGCUAUGUCAUUUUCUGACAUGGCUGUGUGUGCUUGUGCCAAAAGUGCUCUGUGUAGUAUUUACAUGGUAGACUGCACUCUAUGCCAGCGUUUCCCAAACUCGGUCCUCGGGACCCCAAGGGGUGAACUUUUUGUUUUUUGCCCUAAGGCAACAAAGUUGAUUCAAAUGAUCAAAGCUUUAUGAUCAUUUGAAUCAGCUGUGUAGUGCUAGGGCAAAAACCAAAAUGUGCACCCCUUGGGGUCCCUUGAGCUGAAAAGGUUUAAGAGCCCCUGCUCUAUUGCAAUGUCAUUGAGGAAGGCGAUGGGAUUUCACUGUCAUAAUGAGGUCAAAUUGCUUGUGCGUCAUUUUCAGACAGUAGACUACAUGAUAAGUGAAUGUGUGUGUCUCCAGGUUAAAGGCGUGGAGCUGAGUCCCCACACAGACUACCAGCUGAAGGCCACAGUCCAGAUGGGCUCCCUACAGCAGGCCAUCAGUGCUGUGAGCAGCCUGCACCGCUACAAGAUAGGAGGCAAACGCAUCCACGUCUCCCUCAUCACCGGGGCCAGCAACAAGUCACUAGCCAUGCUCAGGUAUGCACAGUACAGCUCCUCUAACAUUGAGGUAGCACUCUCUCCCAUACUUGUCACAUAAUUUGGCAGUUUCAUGUCUUAGAUCGGGGAACAUCACCAUCCUUUUAAACGUCGCCAAAAUAUGAUUUGUACUUCGUUUGAGAUGGAUUCGGAUGGUAUGAAAAUGUUUCCUCUCUUUCUACAGCUCUGAAAUCUUCCAGAUUCUCCAGGAUGCACCAGCCAGCUGUCUUCCCCUUUUCAAGUUCACUGAAAUCUACGAGAAAAAGUGAGUCGUGUUGCUUCUCCUCUUCAUCCCUCAACCUCCCUCCACCUCUGUAGGAGUUAGCCCCAUGCAAUGUUAAGUACUGUGGCUGCGUUUACACUUUUCCCCAAAAGCAUCUUAAUGCUAAGUUCAUCGUUAGAACUAUGGGAUCCUAUGGUUCUAACGAUGAACUUAUCCUUAAGAUUCUUCUGGGAGAACGGGCCCUGAUCUUUUUUCACUAAUUGGUCUUUUGACCAAUCAAAUCAGAACUUUUCACAUCAGAUCAUAUCUGAUUGGUCAAAAGACCAAUCAGUGGAACAAAGAUCAGAAUAGGGCUGCCUGUGUAAACGCAGCCUAAAUAAAGGCUAUGUAAAUGUACUUUAUUAAUUCAUCUCCACCCCUCCUCUCCCCCCCUAGGUUUGGUCGUAAGCUGGUGGUGAGUGACCUAUACAGACUACCAGAGGUGGUGGCGGUGCGGGAGCAGGGUGGAGGCAGGCUGGUGUGUCUCCUCCCCAGUAGCCAGGCCAGGCAGAGCCCUCUGGGGUCGUCUCAGUCCCAGGAGGGGUCCUCGGCUAAUGGUAGUCCUGUGGUGUUUGAACAGUUGGAGUACCACGAGCCUGUCUGUAGGCACCACUACACACAGCAGAACUUCAGGUAGGGAUAGACAGAAAGACCCACACACACACACACACACUCCCUCGCACCACUUCUCUUAGCCAUUUAAGUCGUCUCACAGGACUCAUUUGGACAAAUGUUUCAUAUGACCUCGAUCUCUCUGUCCCCGCUGUAGUGAGGCAGACUUUGACCCAGACUCCUAUAAGAUUCCUUUUGUGGUGGUGUCUCUGAAGACCCUGGCCUCCCAGGUCCACUGUCUGCUGCAGUCCCAUGAGGGAACCCUGCCUCUGCUCAGGUAACCAACCCUGUCUCUGCCUGGAUAGAUUAACUGACAGUGGAUGCUUAAUAAAUGGUGUUGGAGAGAUCUGCGUUGAAAUCAUACUGAACUUUAUGGGAAAGGCCUUUUAAUUAAUCUAAUCAAUAUUUCUAGAACCCAAGGCCAUUUGGCAUUUUGUAUAACUCUGUAAUUGUUACUAGAUAUAGUGUUUUGUGUUUCAUGAAUAUUCAUUUUGCUCUCCUGUGACUCAGUUUCUCAGAGUGCUAUGCAUCAGAGUUGGGCCCCCUGGCGGUGUCUGAGGAGGGGGAGGAGGAGGGGAGCGUCCCCCUGGAGCACCUCAUCACUUGUAUACCAGGCGUUAACAUCGUCACUGCUCAGAACGGCUUCAAGGUCAUCAAGUGGAUCCACAACAAGCCGCCCGCAUCCAACACAGGUGCUGACCUGACUCACAGCCCUAACCCUCGGAGAGAAUUACAUUGAAAACCUUCAUUUAGACUCGCAGAGGAAUGCCCAGGGGUUCAUAAAAGCAAUACAAACCUAUAGAAUUGAAACCCUUUAUUCAUAAAAAAUGGAAACCCCUAUCGCAUAAGACCAUCCUCAACGACGCCUGAAGGUACUCGGGAGGCGAUAAGAGUUAUUACGGGGAUAUGUUGAGCUAAAAUCCGCUUUCUUGCAGUUUGCAGUAGGUGGAUACUGUGCUGCUGACACAGAUACCAAGACUCCAAGACAGAAAUGCACCCGUACUACUAUUAUAAUAGAAGUCAUUAACAUCUUGCCGUGUGUGUGUCGUAGACCUGUGGAUGCAGCGGUGCAAGUCCCCAGUGGGGAACCCCCAGUUGAUCCAGUUCAGCAGAGAGCUCAUUGACCUGAUGAAGAGUCAGCCCUGCAACCUGAUGCCCAUCAGCAGGUUCAUACCUGCCUACCACCACCACUAUGCUAAGCAGUGUAGGGUGUCUGACUACGGAUACUCUAAGCUGCUGGAGCUACUGGAGGCUGUGCCACACGUACUGCAGGUAUGUUGUGCACACACACAGGGCCUGCAUACACACACACCUUAACACACACACACAGUUUAAUCAAUCGCUCCAUUACACACAUAAUCAAAGAUUGAAGUUACACAGCUCAAUUAAUUUACACAUGAUGGAUCACUUUUAAUCUUCCUAGUUUAGUGACUUCCUAGCUCAAACACUGCGACUGGGAGACCAUCCGCUAUCCCUUCUGACAAAACCUUGUCCACUUUGUUUCUCAUUACACGCUUCAACAGCCUAGAGGUUAGAUCCCUGACAGAAACGAUUAGUAGAACAUCUAAUAGAUUAUUGCAGCAGUAAGUGUUAGCAUACACUCUCAAAGUGGUGGCGACCAUGAAGUAAACAAAGCAUGAAUAAAUCUGUGUUUUUCUCUACUCCAGAUCCUUGGCAUGGGCACCAAGCGUCUGCUGACCCUGACCCACCGUGCCCAGGUGAAGAGAUUCACCCAGGACCUCCUCAAACUGCUCAAGUUCCAGGCCAGCAAACAGGUGGCAAUCACGGACUUCAUGCAGGCCUACCAUUGGUCAGUACUACCACAGGAACUGCCCACUCCGCCACUCGCUCAGCAAAUCAUGUUGUCUAUCCCAAGAGCUAAGCACAUUCCUAUCAGCUAUUGUUGAUUAACAGUAAAGUAUUAUUUUCUAAUCUGUUCUAUUUGUUCAAACUGCUUGAAGUGUUUUAUGAAUUUAUCUGGACUUGUUUUGUCUCGUGAUAAUUCAGCUUAUAUUGGUUUAUUUGGAAGUGUAUUUUCUUGUGAUGGUGUUUAGGCUAUAUGAAUUCAUUUGAAAGUGUAUUUUCUGUUUCUCAAAUGGCACCCUAUUGGCUGUGUGUAUAUUUUCAUACUAUGUUUCUAUUGCUACAGGUGCUUCUCCAGAGACUGGCGGGUGCUGGACUAUGGGAUGUGUGAUCUAAUGGACCUGCUAGCUGAGAUCCCUGACACCACCAUCACCGUCACACACCAGGACUUGGACACUGUCAUCUCUGUACCCAAGAGAGGUGAGAUGAGGUCCCACUGUAUGGGUUUUAGGGUUGCAACAUUCCGGUAUCUUCCCAAAAAUUCUGGAUUUUGGAUUUCCUGCUUAUUGUUGCAAAUGGGAUUUCUGGAAAACCUUGGAAUUUGGGGAAAGUUACAAGAAUUGUGCAACCCUAAUGGGUCUGAUAUCAGGGUAAUGGAUAAAGUACCAGAGGGUUGUUCUGUCGUUCUAGUACAUUUGAUCCCUUGGGGAAAAUACACCGCUUUUGGAAGGAACAUGUGAAAUAUUGGUAGCCUUUGUUUAGAAAAUAUGUUUAACUUGGGACCAGACAGUUGGCUUGUUUGUGUCUGUAGUUGAUGUACAUUUGAUCCCUGGGGGAAAAUUGUGAAAUAUUGGUCACUUUUGUUUUUGAGAAAAUGUUUAACUUUUAUUCAACCCAGGAAUUCCCUUGGAGAUGGAUAAGAAUAUCCUUGCCAUGUGGGGCAUGGAAUAAAGUAAUGCAUUCCACAUGCAGUUAUGCCUGACUAUCUCCUGACUAUCUCCUGACUCUGUCGGUGGUCGUCUACGGCGUCGGCAUAGGUUUAAACCCGGCCUACUGCCCUUUGACACAACCUCUAUCUUUCCCCACUGUCAUCCUCUCUCUAUCUGUUCAACCUCUAUCUUUCCCCACUGUCAUCCUCUCUCUAUCUGUUCAAUCAAAUCAGAAAAUACCUGUUAUACUUGGUAUGGGGUUGAUGUGGUUGGGGAUCAGGUUGUGUUUUUCCCUCUACCUGUUUGUCUGUAUAAUCUUUAAAUGCUAAAUACAUAAAAAAAAACUGUAAUAGGAAUUACAUUUACAUUUACGUCAUUUAGCAGACGCUCUUAUCCAGAGCGACUUACAAAUUGGUGCAUUCACCUUAUAGCCAGUGGGAUAACCACUUUACAAUGUGUUUUUUUUUUUUUAAUAAUUUUAUUUAUUAUUAUUAUUAUUUUAAAAAAAUUGGGGGGGGGGGGAAUUACCAGGUGAACUAAAAGGAGUCAAUCAAAAAUACAUGUGGUUUAUUACAAGUUGCAACAGGGAGACACCAUCCAGCGGAGAGAAUGUCUGACUUAAAAAAUAAAUAAUAUAUAGUAUAUAUUUUAAAAAACGUCCUGUUUAACUCCUGCCCUCCUUUGUCUCCUUCCCCUCAGAUCGUACAUCAGAUGAGAUGGAGCGGACCAAGCAGUUUGGUAAGGAGGUGGUGGACCUGCUGCGUCACCAACCCCACUGUCGCAUGGCCUUUUCCAAGUUCAUCCCUACCUACCACCACCACUUCGGACGCCAGUGCAAACUCGCAUACUAUGGCUUCACCAAGCUCGUCGAGCUCUUCGAGGCCAUCCCCGACGUACUCAUGGUGGGUGGAGGACAAAGUGAUUCUCUGUCCAAGGAGGAAUGUGUGUUUUUUUGUGUUUGUAGGCUUCAGAGUGCUGCAGGAGAAACCAUUGAUAAUGUCAGAUGAUCCUCAAUUGGUGUGCAUCUCAUUUCUGUCCCAAUAGGCCAUUUAUUUUGCAGUAUAAAUAACAUUAUUCCUAGAGUAGAGUGACUUAUUUACAUUGUCAUUUUGUUAUGUAACCUCCCUCUCUCCCCAGGUGUUGGACUGUGGAGAGGAGAAGGUGCUGACCCUAACAGAGGUAGAGCGUGUGAAGGCCCUGGCUGCCCAGCUGGUCAAGAUGCUCCGUUCCCAGAGAGACUCCAGCCUGCCUGCUGCCCAGCUGCUGUCUGAGUACAGCAAGACCUUUGGCUACGGCCUGAGGCUCCAGGACUACGACGUCUCCUCCUUGCCCGCCCUGCUCGUCAACCUCUGCCACGUCGUCAAGGUAUGGUUAAGAGUUUCUAGUCAGUUCAGUCAAAUACAUCUAUAGUAGGCUGUUGUACUAAACAAGAACAUCCUGUGCUACACAAGUCCUUGUGUAAACAAGCGAACAUUAUUUUGGCCCCUAAGGAUGAGUCACAAGUAUUUGUUGAUAUGAAUUAAUGUCACUGAAGUGGCUUUAGUGAGGCAAAAUGUCAUGAAGGUUUGAGCAUGCAGGCCCCUUAGUGGUGCAUUGAAAUUUACAUUUAAGUCAUUUAGCAGACGCUCUUAUCCAGAGCGACUUGCAAAUUGGUGCAUUCGACACAAAUUGGUGCAUUCAAAUGUCGUCUUUAUAUUGGAAAUGAGCUGUCAAUUCCAGAUUCAGCCAUGUUUUCGGAAUACAAUGGCUCAUCUCUCACCUCCAACUGUCCUGGCACUUUGUGAUAACUGCUGCAGUAUAAAGGGCUUUUAUAAAUACAUCUGAUUGAUCUUCUCCUCAGGUGGUGGACGGUGCUAACGGCCGCGAGGUCCAGCUGAUCAACAGGAAGUCUCUGCGCUCGUUAACGUGCCAGCUGCUGUCCCUGCUGAUGGGCCUGGGGCAGUACGAAGAAGACGGCUCUGUCAGCGUGGAGGGCUUGAGUCUACUGUAUCAUUCUGUACAUGGGGUACAGCUCAACCCCUGUGAAUACGGCUUCCUCUCCCUCAGCGAGCUGCUGAAGAGCCUGCCUUACCUGGUGGUGGUAGGUGGACUGGACCAUAGAGCUAUCAUACUAUACUAAUGUUUAAUUCUAGUUCUAUAGACUGGAUCCUUUUUGCUCGACAGCCUAUUUGUCUGAUUUGAAGAAUGUAGGAUCAUGGAUUCCUAUGGAAAGCAUUUUUAUGGCUUUUUCACAAGGUCUUAAAGUGGGGUAGCAUUGUGUUAGUCAGGUUUUGUAAUUGCCUGAGAUGUAUUGCACGAUCCUUUUGAAUGAAGUACUAUGGUUUAUAUGUUAGAAUAUUUGGAAUGAUGACCACUAGAUCUUUGUGUGUAGGCCUUGUCUAGACCAGGGGUGGGCAAACUACGACCCGCGGGUAAAAAUAACCUCCAGGCAACUCUUGAACCCCUAAAACUAGAUAGAAAUGAUAAUGGACCUAUACAUUUUCAAAUAACUGCCCUUUUUCUGGCCCGCAAAAUCUAUGGCAAAAAAAAUCUCCAGCCACAAAGAUUGCCCUCCCCUGGUCUAGACUGUUUUUCAUAACUUCCCUUCUCUCUCCCCCCUCCUAGCUGUUCUACGGUAAGGGUGAGGAAGAAGGCGAGCGUGGCGAGGAGAGAGUUCGACUUACCCGUCUGUACCAGUUUGCCCGUGGCGUGCGUGCCCUGCUCCACACCUACCACUACCACCAGAUCUUCCUAACGGAAUUCCCCGGGGCCUACGCCAAGUUCACCGGAUGCAGCCUCCAACCUCGCUCCUACGGUUACGGCAGCAUAGACGACCUGCUCAACGGCAUACCACAGGUACAAAAUUAGGCCAAACUUUAAGUGCUUUUCUCAAAUUCAAAGCUGAUAUACAAGACAAGAAACAACUAGUUAAACAAUAUGUUGGAAAUACACAGACUUGUUAUGAUAAGAUGGGAAUUGAUAAUGCGUGCAUCUAAGAGUUCUUCAGCAUAUGGACCUGCACUGGGAUAUCACGGUCAAAGCAGCAGAUAUAGUCAAUGUGGUUAGUCGCCUUCUGUCCCUGCACUGUGUACACCAUUAGCCCCACAGCAGGCUCUGUAGUGUCGGAUGGAUGGGGUUUGUGGUAAUUAAAUAAAUGGGAUUUUGUUUCUGCCUGUGAACAGGUAGUGUGGAUCAAAGGGCACGGCCACAAGAGGAUUAUCGUUUUGAAGAACGAUAUGAAAGGUAAAGACAAAUCAGCCUGACUGUCUGGCAGCAGGAACUGUGAAAACAAAUGGCUUUAGCCUUACCUGCAUUUAGUAUUAACAUAUGGGAAUCAAAAUCAAAUUUGGUUUGUCACAUGCGCCGAAUACAACAGGUGUGAAAUGCUUACUUACAAGCCCUUAACCAACAAUAAAGUUAAGAAAAAUAAGUGUUAAAGUAUUUUAAAAAAUAUAUAAAAAUAAAGGGAUGGUUAUCAGUUAAUCUCAUGAUUAUGUAGUAUGAUCCUUCAACAUGAGACAAGUUGAACAUGUAAUGGGAACAGAAGUCAUGGUGUUUUGCUUGUAUGAUAGGAACAGAAAUGGUAUUGUUUUGAAGGUACAGUGUUUACUCUGUAGUGGAAAGAGUGUAAUCAUGGUCUGGGGUUUGGUUGGUUCUCCUCAGCAGCACGAGCCACUGGAGCCAGCCCUGCAGCCUCAGAGGAGCAUGAGGAUGGGACCAGCCAGAGAGACAGCCCCUGUAGCAACACAGAGUCUGGAACUCACAGCCCAGGUAACUAACUGGAGUCAUGGGCACUACUCCCAAGGUUUUGAUGUUCUUCUUUUUGCCUUGUAGGUGUUUUUUAGGCUUUUUAACGGUUGUUUUAUACAUUUGAAGUAGAAACUGUAAGUAGCGAUGACUACCUCUCUCCUACUCCCCCCCCUCUCUUCUCAGGUGUUGUUGGGGUGGAGACAGAGCUGCUGUGUCUGACUCCAGUGGACCUGCUGUGUGACCCAUUACCCUCCUGUCUGCCCUCUCCCCAGCUGCACCCUGACCCCGUCCUCCUCCAACAGGCUGACCUCAUCCGCUUCGAGCAGACACCAUCACCAGCAGGUGAGCUGAUCACGUGAUCAACCGCGGUUCAAACCUAGGUCUUCUUUGUGCGAUAAGACUGUUAGCCCGCCUAGGCAUUAUCUUCAGGUCUCAGACAAGCUUACUCAUCAUGCUGUGCUAUACACACAACCGACAUCUUCCCUUGGACUGACCUCGAUGUGUGUUGCCAUUUGUGUUUUUCAGAGCGUGAUAAACCUGAGGCGGAAGCAUUAGCAGCAGCUCCUGCUGUCUGUGACAUAUCCAAGCCUAAAGAACCACUAACUGACAAUAACCACAACGUUGUUGUUGUGGUUUCCACGACAACCAAGCCUCCACAGAGUAUGACCCGCAAAAUGGCGUCUGUUGAAAACAGCCCCAGCAAGAGGGCUCCUCGCAAUAAAGUGAAGCUGGCAGCUAACUUCUCUUUUACAGCUGCACCCUAAGACACACACUGACAUUCACAUGCUGGAACAUGCACACACACACACACACA